CAGAUGUCCAACAGAAGCUCCAUCACCGCGUUCCUCCUCCUGCCAUUCACAGACACGCGGGAGCUGCAGCUCCUGCACUUCGGGCUCUUCCUGGGCAUCUACCUGGCUGCCCUCCUGGGCAACGGCCUCAUCCUCACCGCCAUAGCCUGCGACCACCGCCUCCACACCCCCAUGUACUUCUUCCUCCUCAACCUCGCCCUCCUUGACCUGGGAUCCAUCUCCACCACUCUCCCCAAAGCCAUGGCCAAUUCUCUCUGGGACACCAGGGCCAUUUCCUAUUCAGGAUGUGCUGCACAGGUCUUUUCAUUUGUCUUCCUGAUAUCAGCAGAGUUUUAUCUUCUCACUGUCAUGUCCUAUGACCGCUACAUUGCCAUCUGCUACCCUCUGUACUACGGAACCCUGAUUGACAGCAGAGCUUGUGCCAAGAUGGCAGCAGCUGCCUGGGGCAGUGGGGUUCUCACUGCUGUGCUGCACACUGCCAAUACAUUUUCAAUACCUCUUUGUGAAGGCAAUGCUGUGGACCAGUUCUUCUGUGAAAUCCCCCAGAUCCUCAAGCUCUCCUGCUCAGAGGCCUACCUCAGGGUAAUUGGGGUACUUGUGGUUAGUGUCUGUGUAGUGUUUGGUUGUUUUGUUUUCAUUGUGCUGUCCUAUGUGCACAUCUUCAGGACUGUGCUGAGGAUGCCCUCAGAGCAGGGCAGGCACAAAGCCUUUUCCACGUGCCUCCCUCACCUGGCCAUAGUCUCCCUGUUUGUCAGCACUGCCAUGGUCGCUGGCCUGAAACCCAGCUCCAUCUCCUCCCCAUCCCUGGACUUGCUGGUGUCGGGUCUGUACUCUGUGGUGCCUCCAGCAGUGAACCCCCUCAUCUACAGCAUGAGGAACCGGGAGCUCAAGGUUGCACUUCAGAAACUAUGUGGAUAUUUUUCAGCAGCCCUAAACUGCCUCCAUCAUUCUGCAUGUGACUUCCAGUGUAUGUCUUGA